AUGGGUGAUAAAUACGAAGAUUUGGGGCCAGCAAAUGCUCUUCCACCGCCGCCACCUCAACCACAACAAGUCUUUCCAACUGCUCUCUCAAGUCAAGCUUCACAAGAUCGUACAGAAUUGAGAUCUGCUCAAAUAGGACCUUCAGGCAUUAAAGGAGCAGCAAAAGGGAAGCAACCAAAGAAGGCUUUGGUUCGUUGUUUGUUUUGUUGA